UUGGAGUUUAGGAAAAAACGAUUUCCUGUCUGCUCAUGUGAUCUGCUUUGCUGUUGAGUUCGGUGUUGACAAUCUGGGUGCUGCAGCCAUGUGUAGCAAGUACCAGAUAGUGGUGCAGGGGGAGGCAUCAGAAACGGACUCUGAUGAAGAGGUUUACAUCACCUCCUUGUCAACUCCUCAGACGACCACUGCCGGAGCCAAGGUCCAAGGGGAAGCUUCUGAAACGGACAACGAGGAUGAGGUCGAGACGGCAAACCGCGUUUCUGCAUUGAGACACGAAAGCGCCGAGAUACUCAAAAGAGAUCUGCCUCCGCUUAUUGUCGUGAGAGAUCACCCUGACAUCCAAUCAGUCGUGGAAGACCGACCGAGCCCCACGCAUAAGCCUGUUGGUGACACAUUAUUACAGCAGAAGUUGCAAGAGUCAAACAGCAGGCUUUAUUCUGACGUUGGACAGAUGUUACGACACGUUUAUGGCAGUGCCACCAAAGAGGUGCGCAGUGCAACGGCACAGCUCAACACGUCACAAAGCGCCAUCAUCAACGCUUCCCACAGCAUCCGACUGAUUUUGGACGACUUGAAGGCCGUGUCUGAAAAGAUUGACAUCAUCACCGGCUGUCAGAUCUUACCUGAUAUUAAGAUGAACCAUUCAGAUGAGAAUAACACUCCUGUAUCAUGAAGAAGGAGAUAAGUAUGUAUGUUAUGAAAACAUAACUGCUAGUUUGGGGCUGGAGCAAGUGCCCCAGUGUUUAUUAAGUAUGCAUACAAGGAAGAAUGUUUAACACCUUGUGUUUGGUCAUAUUGUUUGAAAGGACUCAUCUAAUAUUUAUUGCUCUCAGUUGAUGAGAAUUUAUGGUUAUUCAAAUAUUUGUACCUUUGUUGCAUCACUGUUAAACAGUAAACAUACUUGAACUUG